AUGCUCGCGUGGUGGUCGCGCAGCCAUACCCCUCGAAACCGAUUCCCGUCGCCGAAGCCUCGGGGCGAGGCGAGGAGGGAUGUGCUCGGCGCCCGCCUGCGUUGGCAGACCAAUGGCUUGCGGGAUCGAUGCGCUGCGCUGGCGCCGCAGCCAGCUGUUUUUGUCAGCAGCUCGCGCAAUCGAUUGCGCGUCGCGUCGUCGGCAGCCGCCGUGCCCGCAAGCGCAUUACUGCCCGCUGCUGUACGGAUGCCGUUCGACUCUCCAGCACUGGAAUACCUGAGCCGAGUUGGAAUGUGA